AUGAACGACGCCAUGCUUCUUGGUGAGUCUGAGUUUCUUUCACUGGCAGACUAACUAAGGGCUUAAAUAAGGGCACUCAACAAUGAGCUAUACUGUGAUGAGACCACCUAGGAUGCGUAUGCAACUGUAUAAGUCGUAUAUCCAUAGGUGAAUGGAGACUGUAAACCUGACCUUGACUUUCAAGAGAACUACGGGUGGGGACUUUCGCGGCCAAAGGAAGACAAGCUUGUGGGACGUAAACCCCUUAAACUUCGACUCUGCCAACCUCAGUACUCCGGAUAACUCUCACAAAAGACUUCAAACCCCAGUCAAGACCUUUCAGCAUGCGACUGGGUAGAACAUGAAGCCAUUACCGACUAAAAUCUGAUAUAACUUCAGCGUAAUGUGGCAAUAGCCAAGUAUAGACUCAAAACAACAACUAAGACCUUCAAACCUAUGGGCAGGAUCGAUGAAUAAAAGUUCUUGGAACUCACUCCUAUGCAUGUGGAUUAGAGUUUAUAGGUAAGCGACAAUAGGGGCGACGAAAUGCUAACUUAGAGUCAAAAUGCGAACCAAACUCAACUAAAGUCUAGUGAGGUUACUACUUCGUCAGAAACCGUACUUCCAAAUGACUAGUUAAUGUAAGACUUAGUAUCUUUCUAGAUCUAAGCAAUGGCCGAGCAACAGAGUACCAACUAACUGCUUAAGUAAACCGAGCAAUGGUCUCCAGCAUAUGGCAAAUCCCAUGUAACACAUUUUUAAGUGAUAUAGGAGAGCCCAGAAGGCAUUGAUAGAUGGCUAUCCUUACAAGCUGUCAGAGAUGGCAUCUAUUCAAAAGAUCCUAGAUUGUUGUAGACUAUGUGCUACUCUAAGCUUUUUAGCUCCAGAGUCAACCGUAUUCGUACAUGGUAAGAAGAAAGACUCUAAAUAAACCUUAAGACCUUCGUUAAGGAAGGCAUACUUUCGAAUGGUGGCAAAAACAACCAAAGCCCACAGAGAAACUUUACUUGGGUGAGCACAUUGACUCCCCUAUAUCAUUACUAUAGCCAUAAGACCUUAGAGUAGGCAGGUAUAUCUUCGAGUGGUGGUAAGACCUAAUUAGAGGCACACAAAGGUUCAAAAGGUAGGCCCAGUCAAUUUAUGGAUAUCCUUCUAGAGGAGGCAUAAUUCCCUCUAUAUGAUAGUAAAUUCCCUAAGGAUGACUUGAGCCCUUAGGAAGAGGAUGACUUGAGCCCUAAGGACAAUCUAGGUUUAUGGAAAGAGGAUGACUUGAGCCCUCAAAAAUCACCAUAUUUAUCCUUACUGACAAAUUAUUAUAAUUUCCCUCAAGUCUAGAGGAAGGAGGCCGGCAAUUCCCCUCAUGGUUAAAUUCCCUAUUGUGGUAAUCAUGGUUAAUUUACUAGACAUAGUUUGAUUACACAAUGUAGGGGAAUUGAGGUUAUCAAUCCUUAAUCUAAGGAGAUCCUUUAAACUAGACCUAUUUACUGUGCUGUCAAAGAUGUCUAGAAUCAGUAAUACUCUGAGGAAACCUCAAAUGUCAGUCUGGUAGUUCAAGCAAUGCUUCACUUACUUCUGUAUAUUGUCUUGACUACCCUAUCAUGUUGUUGUAUAAGAGUGCACCUAUAGAAGGCCCUUUAGCUUCUAUUAUGGUCGUCGUUGACAAAAAAUCAAGGUGAUUUAUCCAUUUUCCCUACUGUAUUAAGAAAAUAUAAUAAGUAGGAAGAUACAUAGAGUUGUAUAAACACUGUCGAGGUAGCUGCGACCUCUUUGAUAUUGAUGAUUGCAUCCAUGCAUUUAUAGGAGAUAUCAAAUAAUCCUCUCAGAAGAGUCGUUCCGAGACUAGAGGGAUUAUAAAUCAGGGUAAUACGAUCUGAUGACAGUGUAACUGGGAACAGAAUGGUCACUAUUAAAAUAUUUGGUCACAAAUAUUCAAGAUUGACUUCUCAGUAAAAUUCCUCCAGGGACUAGGAUUUGUACUUUGGAGUGAUACAAAUUAGUGCUGCAUUAACAUCUUUAGCACUAUAAGAGCUUUGGACAAUCUAAAAUACUAUACCUUCACAUAACUCUGCUCAUGGUGAAGCGACUCAAAGUCCAAGCUCAAAGAGCUUUUUAGUUUGUAAAACUAAGUCUAUUCCGUACUGGGACUCCUAACAUCGACCGAUCGUCUUGUAAUAUCGCUGA